AUGUCUUCAACUUCAAUCUCGCCAGUCAAAGUCAUUAUAUUUGCCAAGAGAAAAGAAGGCACGACAAAAGAGCAAUUCAGUGAAUAUUGGCGAGGUCCUCAUGCGGAGCUGUUUCUGGCGCUCCCCGUUGUGAAGAAACGCUGUAUCAAAUACGAACAGUUCCACGAGGGCAUCGACGACAGAGCAACAGUUGAAAAUGCACUUAGUUAUCCCCAGUCAGGGUGGGAUGGAGUGGCUUUCGUGACAUUCGACUCAAGCGAAGGUACGGCGGAAGUCUUCAAUGACCCCGCAUUCAAGGAACUUGCAUCGACAGAUUCGCCGAAGUUUUUGGCUUCACCUGAUGUCUCACAAUACAUGUUGGUUGUUGGCAAUCCAGAGGUGAGGUACAGCGCCGAGGGUACUCAGUGA